AGCACGGGCGAGGAGGAGGCGGAUGUCCUGGCCAGGCUCAUGGUGCAGCCCGAGAAUGCGCUGUGCGCAGACUGUGGUGCAGCGCGGCCCGAGUGGUGCUCAAUCAACCUCGGCUGCCUCGUAUGCAUUGAGUGCUCGGGCAUUCACCGCGGGCUGGGCACACACGUGAGCAAGGUCCGCAGUCUGACGCUGGAU